UGCUUCCUCCUCCAUGCCCACUUCCUCUUUUUCGCGGCGAUGGCAGCUACGGCGAUCCAUGGCAACGCCGCCGCCGCUAUCUCCACUAGCGGCGCCGCCAGAUUUGGCAGCCCCGGGGGCGAUUUGCCGCGGCAUUUGAAUUUCAAGGGUUCCUCCUCCUUCUCCUCUCUCGUAUUUCGGGCAGAUUUCAUGGCGAGCACGCUGCGCGGGGGGAAUCGACUCGAGGUCGUGCGCGCGGUCACCACCGCCGCCGCUGCUGCUCCAGCGAUCGAUCCCACGCUCCAGGACUCGCUCAAGCGUGCCGUGGCCAAGCGGGCUGUGGAGCUCGUCAAGCCUGGGAUGAUUGUGGGGCUUGGCACUGGCAGCACUUCUUCCAUGGCGAUUCAAGAGCUCGGGAAGCUCGUCUCGCAAGGAAAGUUAAAGGACGUCGUGGGUGUGGCCUCGAGCUAUCAAUCCAGGAUCCUUGCUCGUCAGUAUGGCGUGAAAACUGUUGAUUUGAAUGACGUGAAUGUGAUCGAUUUUGCCUUCGACGGAGCCGACGAAGUGGAUGCCUCCAUGAACUUGAUCAAGGGAGGUGGUGCUGCUCAUACAAUGGAGAAGGUUGUCGAUGCCAUGGCUAAACAAUGCAUAAUUCUGGUCGAUCAGACCAAAGUCGUCUCAAAGCUUGGAUUGACAUUUCCUGUUCCUGUGGAGGUUCUUCCGUUCGCCAUUUCACCAGUUCUUCGAGCCUUAGUUGGGCUUGGUGGAGUUCCUGAGAUUCGCAACGCUCUGAGAAAAGAUGGACCCGUUAUCACGGAUCUUGGAAACAUGGUGGUCGACGUCAGGUUCCCCGAUGGAGUCAAAGAUCCCGCAGAGAUGGAACGCUCAAUCAACAUGAUUCCUGGCGUGGUGGAAAGCGGUCUUUUUGUGGGGAUUGCGAACACCGUACUGGUUGCAACCCGCGAUGGCGACGAAAUCACAAUCGUAGAGCUAGCAGAUUUUGUGAGGAGCUUGAAAGAAGCCACGGCCAGCGGGUGACGAGACGACGCACUCGACCAAAUAACUCACUCGCCCGCGACGCGACGUCUGCUAAAGAUUUUAACAGCCAGGUUCUCUUCGGUUACUUCUCUUCUCUUCCUUGAUCGAAAGCAAGAAAAAAAAAAGAGAUUCUUUGCAAUCGCUUUCUAACAAUCGUGCACGGCAGACAGUGUAGAGCUCAAAAGCCGAGAGAUCCAAAGAAUGAUCGCGAGAAGAAGUAGAAAAAAAAAAAGAAGCUUCGGCUUUUUUGAGGAAAUGGCUCGAUCGAGAAUAAAGUUGCGGGGUUUGUUUCUUUCA